UUAGGCCCGACCGAAACCGGCCGAGCCGACCAAUUGACACCCAAUUCAGUAACCCAUACUCGUUUUCCUCUAAUUCCACGACGUGACGUUAAGUCGGCUGCUUAACAAGAAUUCUUUAGUCGAAGCUCCACAGAUGCGAUACUUUCUAAUUACGAUCUGAGUGCCAAUUAUGGAUAGCGAUUACAAGAACAGAGGUGGCUCAGCAUACGAUUCACAUAUUCCAAUGUACAGAACAACAUCAACAUCAUCGAACACGAGCACUUCAACGAGCCAUCCCCAAUAUGGAUCAUCGUCUCUCUAUCCCAGAGUUGCUCAGUCCGGCCAUUCCGGUAUCCCUCCGACUGCCCGCGCUUCUCCAUUUCACCAAUCCUUAGCUCCCUCAUCCGCUUCCUCUGGACUGGGCAUUAGGGUUCAAAUAAAACCUGAGUACCGAAUAACUCCCCCGCCCCAGUUGUCCCAAGUCCGAGAUGUUCCUCGGAGCACAUUUCAGUUCGACUUUGAAUUCGAAAAGCGAGUACUUGCUGAAGCAGAGAAGGAGAAUCCUAAUUGGAGCAGACUUGUGAUGGAACACAUCUCGUCUAAACCUGUGGAGUCAACUCCACCUUUGGGGUCAUCUGCCACAGAUCCGGUUGUGAACAAAUACAUUGCAUCAGGACUCAGUCGAGAAGCUGUACCGCUUGCAGUUGCGAACUAUGGAGAUAAUCCAACUAAGGUUCGUGAAUUUGUUAAUGCUUACAACCUGCUGCGUGAAAUGGGGUUCUCCUCGACCAGUGUCGCUGAAGCCUUAGCCAUGUAUGAUAAUGAUACCGACAAGGCAUUGGCUCAUUUUCUCAACAGUUCAUGAUGAUCCCAAAAAUGGUUUUUGAAUCUUGUUUGACAAAUGAUAAAGACAAGACAUUGGCUCUCAAACAUUAAACCUGUAUUAUUUCCAGAAACGGGGUGUGUCUCAUGGUAGUGUUGAAUUUACAUAUUUUCCUAGAAGCGUGGUGAUCCAUAUGACAAUUAUCCGUUAUUCUGAGGAUUCCAUUACUAUGGUCCAUUGUACUGCAAUAGCUUCUUGUAAACCUUGUAAAUUUCAUGUACACCAAAAUUUAGAGAAGUUUGAUUUUGAAUUAGGGAAUGAUA